AUGGAUACACAACCGCAGGUUUCCCGUUCAUUUGUUCACGCGAGUCACGGUCAGCCGAGAAUUCCUCGUAAUGAGAAUGACUCCCCUGACAAUGACAGCAAUCCAUCUGAGUCUCAGAUGAGCCUCGAAACAGAGGUGGCUGAAACUCAGCUUUAUGAGCCAAUGCAGACAACGUCCGCUUCGGCUCAGCCAAUUGCCUCCACCGAGGAAUCGGCUAAAUCAUACAAAACCAAAAAGACUAAGAUCAUAAGAUCUCGCAGUUAUUCACGAUCGCCGUCAAGCUCUGACGAUGAUUACCCUGCGAAAAAAUCAAAACUAAGCGAACCUGUUCCAGAUUCUUUGAUUACAUUGGUCCAAAGGGCGUCCAUUCAUCCACCUGCACCAGGGGAAGCCUCAUCCGGACAGCCCUCUACAUCUAAGACGUAUGCGCCUCCGCAGAGGGAGCGUAGGCAUUACUAUAUGCGAGGCAGGGAUUCCGUGCAGAAUGUGCUGUUAGCUCUAAGUUCGUCUGGUCCUGAUGUGAGAACUCUGAUUGCAACGCUAAUUACGAGACACCGUUGGAGAUAUGCAAAGAAUUCAUUCAAUUGUCGUCAAAUCUCGUGCAAUGGUGUACUUGAUGCGAAAGCAUGUAUUCCACGUCUGAUCGCAUCACUGAACCCUUGCGAAAGGAUGUUGUUCAUGACUCAUUCGUACUUCUGCGAUCCCACAAGCAAGCAGUAA